CCCUGGCAGGAGUUUAUAACUGGCCGGGACAGCCACACCUCCUUUCUGCUUUCCUCCCUUGCUUUCCUUCCUUCUCUUUUCCCCUUUUUUUCCCUCCCUGCUCCGCUCCGACCCGGCCGCCACUCCCUGCCCUUGCCCCUGCCCCAUGCCCAAAGCACCGGGGGCUGCCCAAGCCCAGGACCCCUCCAAGAACCAGCAUGGGGCCCGCUGAGGAGCUGGUCCGGAUCGCCAAGAAAUUGGAUAAGAUGGUGGCCAGGAAGAGCACGGAAGGGGCGCUGGAUCUGCUCAAGUCGCUCACCGGUUACACCAUGACCAUCCAGCUGCUGCAGACCACGCGCAUCGGGGUGGCGGUCAACUCGGUGCGCAAGCACUGCUCGGACGAAGAGGUGGUGGCCUCGGCCAAGAUCCUCAUCAAGAACUGGAAGCGGCUGCUGGAGACCCCCGCUGCCCCGAGGAGGGAGAAGGACAGCGACUGGGGAGAGAAGAAGGAGAAGGAGAAGAGGCUGGAUUUCCCCAGCUGUCCCAACGAAGGGGCGAACCCCCCCCCUGCCAAACACCCCAAAACCCCGGACAAGCACAAGGAGAAGCACAAGGAGCGGAAGCCCAGCACCCCCGGCACCCACCCAGCCCCCCCCAAGGGCCACCCCCCCGACUCCAACCCGCAGAGGGAGCCCAGCAGCGGCCGCAGCCCCUCUGCAUCCUCGAAGAAAUCAUCCCUGGAUGGCAAGAAAGAGAGGAGGGACUCUGCUGACUCCAGGUCCUCGGCCGCCUCCUCCUCUUCCUCCCCGCAGAAGAGACCCUCGGGGGAGAGGAGAGCCUCCGUGGGUGCCAGCCCCUCGCCCGCCCCCGCCACCCCCCGGAGGAGCUCCAGUGACAGCAAGGAGGACAGGGCCAACAGCAGCAAGGCCAAGGCGGAGACGCCGCGGACCCCCAGCAGCCCCCCCUUCUCGCCCAGCGUCUGCCUCCUGCCCCCCUGCUACCUGACGGGGGACUCGGUCCGGGACAAGUGCAUCGAGAUGCUGACGGCCGCGCUCCGCAUGGAUGAUGACUACAAGGAGUUCGGCGUCAACUGCGAGAGGAUGGCAUCCGAGAUCGAAGAGCAUAUCUUCCAGGAGCUGAAGAGCACGGACAUGAAGUACCGCAACCGGGUGCGGAGCAGGAUCAGCAACCUGAAGGACCCCAAAAACCCCAACCUGCGGAGGAACGUGCUGUGCGGGGCCAUCCUGCCCGGCCUCAUCGCUCGCAUGACCGCCGAGGAGAUGGCCAGCGACGAGCUGAAGGAGCUGCGCAACGCCAUGACCCAGGAGGCCAUCCGCGAGCACCAGAUGGCCAAGACGGGCGGCACCGUCACCGACCUCUUCCAGUGCGGCAAGUGCAAGAAGAAGAACUGCACCUACAACCAGGUGCAGACGCGCAGCGCCGACGAGCCCAUGACGACAUUCGUGCUGUGCAACGAGUGUGGGAACCGCUGGAAGUUCUGCUGACGGCGCCCGGCGGGGCUGGAGGGGACACGGUGCGGAGGGGACACGGCGAUGGCACAUGGGAGGUGGCAGCAGCCCCCCCGCUCCCUGUUCCACUGGCACUGGGAUCCCACAAGUGACCCAGUACUGGGUGGGUUUGCUGUGGAAGACCCCAGUGAAUUCCAGCCCUUGGUACUGGGAGCCCACUGGGAGCACAGAAACAUCCAGCAAGAAGACUGGUCCGAACUGGGCUGCAGAAGGGCUGGGGGGAGCCUGGGCUCACGUGGCUGGGGGGCAGGAGGGACACUGCCCCAUGGCUGUGGGGUUGGGAAAGGGCCAGGCUUCACCCCCAAAUCCCCCCAUUUCCCUCCCCUGACUGCAGGUGGCAGGGGGUGGGGGGAGAUGGGGUGGGUGGCGGCAGUGCCCGGGUGCCGGUGGGAUGUCACCGUGUCCCCCGCUCCGUGCCGCAUGGGGUGCCCGGCCGGUGUCCCCUGGGGAAAAGGAAGGGACGGGGGGAGAGGAGUGGGGAGAAACCCUCCAGCUACAGCAAUAAAGGCCUGAACUGUCUCUGCA